CUUUCUUGUCUUCAUCUGAUAUUUUUUCCUCCAUUAUUCCCUUCUUCUCAUCUUUUUUUUUUUUUGGUUGGUGGUAGAGAUUCAUCUCUUUCUCUUCUUCGUGCUCUUGUAUCGUGAUCAUCGUCGCUGUUUGGUAACUGCACCUUUUAGAGAUCAAAAUGGAUAUUCCACAAGACGUAGCUGGAGCUUGGGGGAUUCCUUCUGGAAUGGGACGCCACCGUCAUCUCCCCAAUGAUACUUCUCUGUUCUCCACUUCUCUACCUGUUCUUCCCCAUGGAAAACUGCAAUCAAGUGACAGCAGAGAUGGUUUCCCAUACACAGAUGACGCGGCUGCUUCUCGUCCCAUCCAUGACGACAUUGAGUCUCAUUCCAUUGGAAACAUGCUCCCUGACGAAGACGAUCUUUUGACUGGGAUGAUGGACGAUCUUGACCUUACCGAGUUACCACCAGACGCUGAUGAUUACGAUCUUUUCGGCAGCGGAGGAGGAAUGGAGCUCGACAACGCUGGUGACGGCUUGAGCAUGAGUGGUGGUCCUCCAAGGCUAUCCAUUGCAAGUCUUGGUGGAAAUGCAGUUCCGCAGUUCAAUGUUCAGAACGGAGCUGGAACAACUGUUGCUGGUGAGCAUCCUUAUGGUGAACAUCCCUCGAGAACCUUGUUUGUCAGGAAUAUUAACAGCAAUGUAGAGGACUCUGAGCUCAAGGCUCUCUUUGAGCAAUACGGUGACAUAAGAACACUCUAUACUACUUGUAAGCAUAGAGGGUUUGUCAUGAUAUCUUAUUAUGACAUUCGUGCUGCACGUAUGGCUAUGCGGUCUUUACAGAACAAGCCAUUACGACGGAGAAAGUUGGAUAUUCACUUCUCAAUUCCUAAGGAUAAUCCAUCUGAGAAGGAUAUGAAUCAGGGGACACUAGUGGUUUUUAAUCUGGAUCCUUCCAUAACUAAUGAUGACUUGCAUGGAAUAUUUGGUGCUCAUGGCGAGAUCAAAGAGAUAAGGGAAACACCGCAUAAGAGGCACCACAAAUUCGUCGAAUUUUAUGAUGUUCGAGCUGCUGAAGCAGCAUUAAAGGCUUUAAAUAGGUGUGAGAUUGCUGGAAAACGUAUAAAAGUUGAACCUAGUCGUCCCGGAGGAGCUCGUCGAAGCUUGAUGCUGCAACUUAACCAAGAACUUGAGAACGAUGAUUUGCAUUACCUGCCGCUGCUUGGUUCACCCAUGGCGAACUCCCCUCCAAGUAACUGGCUGCAGAUGAACAGUCCUGUUGAGGGUAGUCCGCUUCAGAGUGUAAUGAGUAGGUCACCCGUUUUCGGUAUAAGUCCUACAAGGAACAGCAACUUGUCUGGUUUGGCUUCUGCUCUUAACUCACAAGGACCAAGCUCCAAGCUUGCACCCAUCGGUAGGAGUCCUAUCGGUAACAACGUCCUCCAACAGACUUCUCAUUUGUUCCAAGAGCCAAAGAUGGAUAACAAGUACACUGGGAACCUCUCUCCUUCUGGUCCUUUGAUCUCAAACGGAGGUGGCAUUGAGACGUUAUCCGGGUCGGAGUUUCUCUGGGGAAGUCCUAACACACGCUCUGAGCCUUCAAACUCUUCGGUUUGGUCAACAUCAUCCACUGGGAUUCCAUUCUCCUCAGCUCGUGUAGACCGGUCUGUUCCGUUUCUGCACCAAACUCAAAACCGCAGCCAACAUCAUCAUCAUCAUCUCCACGUUGGGUCUGCACCAUCUAAUGUUCCUCUAGAGAAACAUUUUGGAUUCUUCCCAGAGUCCUCGAAGGACACUAUGUUCAUGAACACGGUUGGUCUUCAAGGAACGAGUGGAAUGGGUGGUCUCAACGGUGGUAGUUUCCCGUCAAGAAUGGCGAAUCAUGGGAUUAUGAACCCAGGAAGCAUGACUGAGAACGGUUUCUCAAGUUACAGAAUGAUGUCUUCACCGAGAUUCAGCCCCAUGUUCUUAAGCAGCGGUCUUAACCCUGGACGGUUCCCUUCUGGUGUUGAUGGCUUGUAUGAGAAUGGAAGGUCCCGUCGUGUCGAGAACAGUUCGAGCCAGGUCGAAAGCAGGAAGCAGUUCCAGCUUGAUUUGGAGAAAAUUAUGAAUGGAGAAGAUUCUAGGACUACCUUGAUGAUUAAGAACAUUCCAAACAAAUACACCUCAAAGAUGUUGCUAGCGGCGAUUGAUGAAAAGAACCAAGGCACUUACAACUUUCUCUACUUGCCUAUUGAUUUCAAGAACAAAUGCAAUGUUGGAUAUGCAUUCAUCAACAUGCUUUCUCCAGAUCUCAUCAUUCCAUUUUACGAGGCUUUUAACGGGAAGAAGUGGGAGAAGUUCAACAGUGAGAAAGUGGCAUCAUUGGCAUACGCAAGGAUACAAGGGAAAACUGCACUGAUAGCCCAUUUUCAGAACUCGAGCUUGAUGAAUGAAGACAUGCGUUGCCGUCCAAUUAUCUUCGACACCCCUAACAACUUUGACUCGGUUGAACAGGUUAUUCUUAAGGAAACUAAGAAUGUGGAUCUCUUUGACUCUGAGGUUAAUGAGGAUGACAACGAUGGUAGAGAGAAGAGCUGACACAAGAGAGAAGAAGAGUCGGUGUUGUGAUAUCAUGGCUGUGUGUUUUUUUUCAAGUACUAAUUUUUAACCGUAUAUAUUGGUGAAAGGCAGAGUUAACUGAUGCAUGCAGGAGCCUGCCAAGUGUGUUUUGCGAUUUGCAGGUUCUAAAUGAUGCAGCUGGAGUAUCUAUUUGUCUACUCUGUUUCUUCUUUUCUCUUCAUGUUUUCUUUUUUUUUGGUUCCAUGGAGCAUGUAUAUUAUAAAAAAAAGCCAUGAGUACUCGGAUUUUAUGUGGGUAUGAUGUUGUAACUCUUUUCUCUCUGUGACUCUUGUUGCUUUUAUUUAUUAAAAGCUUUGGCAAUUUGUACAGAAAGUUAAUCAAUGAAUACGCUCUAGUAUUUUGUAUUCGAGACUUAGAGCAACA